AUUUAUUCGAAUAAAAUGAUGUAUCAAGAAUGAUAGAUUAAUUUAGUCAAAUGCCGGAAUCAUAAAUGGGUUCAUUGAGAAUAAGACCCUCCCAAUUAAGAAUAGAAAUGACGGAUGAUCAAUAACUUUCUACAAGACGGAGGAAUUUCAUGUCUCCUACUGCUUUGCCACUAUUUCGAGAAUUGUAAAAAAUUAACUUAAAAUAUCAGACAAUAAUAAACAACUAGACAGAAUCUCUAAUAAACUAUCGCUCCCUUGAAUAUAAAAGUAAAUUUGUUAACUUAGCAAAUUAGUAAAUGUCUAGCCAAUCGUAGAUUACUAAAUCCUUGUUAUUUAAUAUAUUUUUGUAAGGUUUCUUUAUCAACUAUUAUGGAUACGUCUUUUGGUAAUAUAGUUUUCGCUAUGUUUUACUAUAAUUGUGGAUAUAGGAUUUGUUAACCAUGUUCAUAUUGAUAUAUUUUAAUUAUAGAAAAGGAGAGGAAUGCAUUUGGUAACUCAUUGAGACUAUGUUUCUAUUUUUCUUAAAAGUAAAAAUUAGCAUUAAUACAGGUUUUUAUUGUGUUUUAUUAUGAAAUACAAAAAUUCAAAAUUUACUUUAUUACUUUAAUGAUGAUUUCUCUUUCAAUUCUCGUGUUGUUUAUGCGAGUGGUUCAAAAAUUGAAAUUUCAAUUAUAGAACAAUCAACAAAUUGUAAAUAUUAGAUUUAUAAAAAGAUUGUUUAAUUCAUUAAAACUUUAUUAUGUGUAUAAAUAACACUAAUUGCCUUGAAAUGGGAAGAAAAAAUAGACUGGGUUUGGUCAUAGAUCUUUAUAAUAUUGUGGGUAUUUUUGGUAGUUUUUGCAUUAUUAUUAUUUAUAUCUUUUAUAGGAUGUAUUGAGACAUUCAUAAAUCUCUUAAAAAAACAAACUAAUUAAAAUUAUUGUAUUCCUCAUAUAUAUUAUAGUAAUAGGAAAUAUUUGGAUUUUCAUCAAUAUCAUAGGUUACACCUUGUUGCCAUUCACAUUUUUGUAUAGAUUGACACAGUUGUAUGAUAAUUAGGAAUCCUUUGGAGAAGAUGAAACUAUUUAAUUAAUUGUCUUAAGUGGAAUAUUCACGGUAUUGAUUACCAUUUAUACUACAUUUUUUGCAAAAAAUAUUAAGUAAAUAUGACAGCCACCCUAUUAGAAUGUUUUUGAAAGAGCUUUAAGGAUUUGAAUAAUAUUCUACAGGGAUACCCCAAUAGCCAAUUUAAAUUUAGUAAGAACAAGAAUAAAGAAUUGAUAAUUUACCUGAUUCUAACGAAACUUUAUCCAAAAAGAAAAGAAAGGCACCUUUUAGGUUCGUUAAAUUAAAUGCACCAUUAUAUUUAAUUAAAAUGUCAUGCACCUUCUUUGCUAUUUUUGAUAAAAUAAGUCCUGACUAGAAGAAUGUUAAACAAACGGAAUAACUUUCUCAAAGGGCAUUAGGAUAAUAAUCAUCAAACAGAAUGGAAUUUUAAAAGGAAAUUAAAGCGAAUAGCAAUUCAAUAGACUAUAAAAUUAAUAAUUUAGAAAUGCAAGACAUAAAAAAAGGAAACAAUAAAGAAUUUGCCAAAGAGAAUGUGCAAUCUAAAAACAUCUCCGAAGAACCAGAAAAAUCAAAUAAGAAUUAAAAUUCCAUUAAUGAGGAUCAGUAAUCGAUUUAAGAUAAAUGUUUAAUUUGUUACGAGAACUAACCAAAUAUAUUAUUUGUACCUUGCAGACAUGGUGGAAUCUGUGAAAAAUGCGCACAAGAUAUUGUGCUUAAAUCCAAUUAAUGUUAUUUAUGUAGAAAAGUAUGUAUCUUUUAUAUUUAGAAUAUUUAACAAAUUUUAAGAAUAAAAACAUAGGGAGGUUAAUUAGUUGUUAAUGAAAUUAGCAAUAUAAAGUAGAAAAGGUAGAUAUAAGAAUGA